UCAAGCUGCAGGGAUCCGACCGAGGGGCAUAGUAUUUGAAGAGUUACCAUUGGAACAUUUCACUCAUAUUUCUUGGAGUUACAAUUGUUGUUGUUUUUGUUGUUUUAGAAGCAAAUGUUUGAGCGGAUAAGUCCCUCCUCCGUAGCCUUCUCUUCUGGCCACGCUCGGGUGCAAACAAGAAGGUAGCCGAAACGUAUUCAGUCCAAAUUAACAGGUGACUGCUCAAAAUAGUGUUUGUCAAAUUUAUUGCCGCUUCUUACAAUUCUGUGACAUCUGAAGAUUCUGCUUAGGAGAGCCCCACAAAAAGUGGAGCCGGUCUUAACAUUGGGACGUUUUUUUUAAUUUUUAAUUUUUAAAUUAGCGAUCUGGGAAGCGAUCUGGGAACACACAUUGUUUGUGUAUGUGUGUGUGCGAGUAGUCUCAGCAAAUAUUGUGGGCUUUAGCUAGGAUUUGAAGCGAAAACAAGUCUGACAGUACAUUGUUAUGGAUAUUGCAACAGGUCCCAAGUCACUAGAACGCUGUUUCUCGAAGGGAAACCAUUCCAAGUACCCAAGGAUGUUAGACGGUAUAAAGAUUGAAGAUAAUCCCCAUCGUCAAGCUACCCUUGGAGUCAUGCUUGGGACAGAAUACCAUCACCGAUCUGUAUGUGAAGGAUGCCAGCGUCCAAUAUCUGACCGGUUUCUGAUGAGAGUCAACGAUUCCUCAUGGCACGAGGAGUGUUUGCAGUGCGCUGUGUGUCAACAACCUCUCACUACCAGUUGUUACUUCCGGGAUAGGAAACUGUACUGCAAACAUGACUACCAACAAUUGUUUGCCGCCAAGUGCAGUGGAUGCCUGGAGAAGAUCGCCCCCACAGAGUUUGUGAUGCGUGCUCUGGAGUGUGUAUACCACCUCAACUGCUUCUCCUGCUGUGUGUGUGACCGGCAGCUGAGGAAAGGGGAUGAAUUUGUCUUGAAGGAGGGCCAGCUGCUGUGUAAGAGUGACUAUGAGAAGGAGAAGGACCUGCUCAGUUCUGUCAGCCCGGACGACUCCGACUCAGAGAAAAGCGACGAUGGGGAUCUGGGUAUCAAGCAGGAGAAAGGCACCGGAGGCCAGGGCAAGGGAGAUGAUGGGAAGGACCCCAGAAGGCCCAAGCGACCCCGCACCAUUCUGAACACUCAGCAGAGACGAGCCUUCAAAGCCUCCUUCGAGGUGUCCUCCAAGCCCUGCAGAAAGGUAAGGGAGACCCUAGCUGCUGAGACAGGCCUCAGUGUUCGUGUGGUGCAGGUGUGGUUUCAAAACCAGAGAGCCAAGAUGAAGAAGAUGGCAAGGAGACAGCAACAGCAACAAGAACAACAGAAUUCUCAAAGGCUUGGCCAAGAGGUGAUGUCCAAUCGAAUGGAGGGCAUGAUGAACUCCUUCACGCCACUGGCCCCGCCUCAGCAGCAACUGGUUGCCAUGGAUCAGAACGGCUACAGUACAGACCCCUUCCAGCAGGGCCUCACUCCCCCACAGAUGCCCGGAGACCACAUGAACCCAUAUGGUAAUGAUUCAAUUUUCCAUGACAUAGACAGCGACACAUCUUUAACCAGCCUCAGUGACUGCUUCAUGGCAUCUUCAGAAAUGAACAUGCAAGCACGUGUGGGACCCAUUGACCGACUCUAUUCCAUGCAGAACUCUUACUUUGCAUCAUGAAAGAAUCACAUACAGAAAUUAUAUUAUGUAAUAUAGCAGAUCAUCCACAAACUCUGCUUCUCGCCUUCCUCAACUGCCUCACAUCAAGGAGUUUCCACACUGCUAUGGACAAGACAGAAGCAACGACCUGUUCCAAUGACUCCUGGAUCAUGUGCAGACAAUGGACUCAAAUAGAGAAAAAUAGUUUCUCAACAGUGGAGAUUCCCUGGGAAAAAAACAACAAUUUUCUUCUUUUUUCUAGAGAUUAUUGGUAACAUAUUUGUAUAUUACUGCCAGAAAAGUUGCACACCUUUCUUUGUCAACAAAAAGAAAAUCAAUGGAGCCACCGAUUUUAAAAAUGCAAACCAAAUACUACAGGCCCACCAGUUAUCAUAAUGCAUGACUUCAUAGUUAAUCGUAUGACCAUAAAACUGAAAAACCCAGAAAAAAAAACCUGUGAGUUGUUGAGAUGUGUCCACUUUAUAAUGCAUUCAGCAUUAGCAUUUUGAUCACAUUGAUAGUUUUAGCCCUAAAGAGAAGAUAUUGUGUUCAUAGUAAAUAGACUGUGUGUUCACAAGAGACAAUGUGGGUAUGUGUGUGUGUAUUUGAGUAAGAGUGUGUGAGAGAUAUAAACAUUCAGAAAAAUAAAGAUGCAUUGUGGUGUCCGUUUGGUGUAAAUACUUCCCCAAGCAGAUUGGUUGUGCAUGUUAAAAUGGAAAACAUUCUAUUUAUUUAACUAUAACAUGCUCUUGAAGGUACUUAUGAAUCUGAAAAGCUUUAUUUAAACAGGAGAACAUUUUGUUAUGUAAUUAGUGAGUACAUGAUUAUCACAAUUCAUUUGUAUGCCAUUUCAUUAUGAACCAUAACCCUUUUUUCAGACUGGCUGUAAAAUGAGCAAAAUUGUGCUAUUUAUUUCAUACAGACUUGAGACCAUGUCAAAUGUACAUUUUCAAUUGUUAAGAAAUUGCUAAAUUACCAAAGUCGAUUGGUUCAUUGAAUAAACAAUAUUUCUUCUCCUGAUGAUAGCUUAAUUCAUGCUACACUGAAACACAUUUGUACUAAAAAGACUGAACCUCAUAAUAGCAAUUGCAUCAUUUUGUGACCCAGAAGGAAUUGUAACCUGUAUUUUCAUGGUACAGAAGUUGUUCAAGAGAUGGAACGCAAGGUUUGUAGUUUUUUGGAUUAAACUGUG